AUGGCCUCACCAGUGACCCAGCAACCAUGGCGAAGGACAGGGCUGAAGUCCCCCACCCUGGUGGCCCUUGGGGUGCUGCUGGCCUUGGCCCUGCUGGCCCUUGCCCAACUGCCCCCACCACCAGACCAGUCUCCUCACCUGCCAUCAGCAUCGUCCCCCCUCAGUCCCUCGCAGGAAGUGGUUGCCACCCUCUCUGGGGGACAAACCCACAGUGAAAGGCCCCCCAUGCCCCCUGGUCACCCAUGGCAGGACCAGGCCCCUGGCUGGGGCAGGAGGCAGUGGCAGGGGGUAGCAGGGGAUGCUCCUCCAUGGCUCUCCAGUGAUGACCUCCAGAAGAUGCAGCUGCUGGCUGGUGGGCGAGUGGUCUCCAAAACCCGCAUCCCAGCGCACGGGCAGGUCCUGCGUGUGGGGCUGCAGGCCGUGGGGGAUGCCAAGGGGGACAUCUCGCCAGCCAUCCCAGAGGAGGACUGCCAGGAUGGGCGCUGUGGGCUCAUCAAGCGUCCUGGGGACCUCUACGAGGUGUUGGCCUUCCACCUGGACAGGGUGCUGGGGCUGAAAGCCGUGGCCCGGUGCUUCACCAGUCACCUCCUGCCCUACAGCUACACUGACGGCUCCCUGCGACCCAUCAUCUGGUGGGCGCCUGACCUCCAGCACCUGGAGGACACCAACAACGACCAGAACUCCUGCGCCCUGGGGUGGCUGCAGUACCAGGAGAUGCUGCAGCCCCGCGGAUUGACACCGGUGGCCAGGGAUGCUCCUUGCUCCAGCAUCCCACGUGGCGAGUGGAGCCGCCUGGCCCUCUUCGACUUUCUCCUACAGGUUCACGACCGUCUGGACCGCUACUGCUGUGGGUUUCAGCCCGAUGCCUCUGAGCCCUGUGUGGAGGAGAUGCUGCAUGAGAAGUGCCGAAACCCAGCAGAGCUGGUGCUGGUCCACAUCCUGGUCCGGAGGAGCGCACCAUCCCGCCUGGUGUUCAUUGACAAUGCGGGCAGGCCACAGCACCCUGAGGAGAAGCUCAACUUCAGGCUUCUGCAAGGCAUAGACAGCUUUCCAGCGGUGGCAGUAGCCACAUUGCGGUCAGGCAGGUUGCAGACCUUGCUGCUGAGGUCGCUGCACAUGGACCAGGAGUUUUGGGAGAGCCAGGGCGGCGUCGAGGGCCUGACACCCCUGCUUCAGACCAUCGACAGGCGGGCACGCAUCCUGCUGCAGUACAUCCAGGAGCACAACCUGACAGUGUUUGGGGACUCACCUCGCUGA